UUCAAUUGUUUUUCGCCCACGUCUCAAGAACGGACUCACGGAUUUCCUUUCUAUUUCCAUGAUUUGAGACCCUAAUAUAUAGUGUUGUAAGUCGGGCAGCUGUGACCUUGCUGGGUAUCUAGAGAGGUCUUGGCCACGUUUCUGACGUUAGUGCUCGUGCCCCUCUCACACCCUCAACCGCUUCCCCAGCUCCUUUAAAAUUACCAGAAUAACAACAACGUCACUUUUGUCAGUCAUUCAAACGCUCGCGAGGUGCGAAACCUCGUCAAAUCCUGUCCAAUAUGAGUAAAAUGUGGGAGGUCGAUCCGGAGACCAGAAGCAAGUUGCUCGAGAUCCAGAAGACCAACGAGAACAACAAAUGCGUCGACUGCAACGCACCGAGUCCACAAUGGGCUUCCCCUAAGCUCGGAAUCUUCAUGUGUCUCUCCUGCUCUGGAGUCCAUCGGGGACUCGGCGUACACAUCUCGUUCAUUCGCAGCAUAACGAUGGAUGCUUUCAAGGGCGCCGAGCUCGCGCGCAUGGCUGCCGGCGGCAACAAGCCUUUCCGGGACUUCUUCAACGCACACGCCUCGAACACGAAAGAGAGCCGGACAUUUGAAGGGAGCGAGAUCAGGGAUAGAUACGACAGCGAGGCCGGAGACGAGUGGAAGGAGAGAUUGAGCUGCAAGGUCGAGGGCCGGGAAUUCGACAAGAGCGCGCUCCCGAAGAGGGUGAAGAAAGAUCCAGCCGCGAGCGCAGGUGCUGGUGCGCCCUUGAGCGGCCGCGCGAGUGCAGCGGGGAGCAGGAGCCAGACACCGCUGAGCAAGACGCGGAGCAACGAGUCUGGAUUCCAGCGCUCGGGUUCGCCAGCCCUGGGUACAUCCUCCUUGGGAGGUUCCAAGAAGGCACAGAAUGAGGCUUACUUUGCACGCAUGGGUGCGGAGAACUCGAACAGGCCGGAGGGUGUUGCGCCCAACCAGGGUGGCAAGUAUGGUGGAUUCGGAAGCGAGCCUGAUCACUGGAAGAAGGACGAUACUCCAGGAGCUGCUCCCGCCUUGGAUGAUUUCCAGAGGGAUCCUGUCGGAGCGCUCACCAAGGGUUUUGGAUGGUUGGGAGCAAGCGUGAGCAAAGCUGGGAAGACGGGCUAUGAUGGCUGGGUGAAGCCCGGUAUGGCGAAGCUCGCUGAGGCGGACAUCGCAUCUCAGGCUCGCAACACCGCAGGUUUCCUUGGCCAGGGGAUUCAAUCAGGUGCAACCAAUGCUGGCAAUGCAUUCACCCGCUUCGUCGAGGGAGAUGACAACCGCCACGCAUCAUCCGGAGCCAAUCGUUCCGUCGAACCAGACAAGAGAGACUUCUGGGACUCAUUCGGAGCUGCACCAAAGGGUCCUGCACCAGAGAAGAAGGAUUUCUGGGACGAGUUCUCUGCUGCUGGCGAGAGCAGGGCAGGCGACAGUUCUGGCGCCGGUGCCAGCCUCCUUGGCAACAAGAGCAAGCCGAGUGGACUGGGAACGAGCGCUAUGAAGGGACCAAGCAGUAGGAAAAAGGAGGACGAGGGAUGGGGUGAUUGGUGAUUCCGAGGUGGCGGAGUGGUUUUCUUUAUCCGAUAGGAGUUGGGGUGUUCGUCCGCAGUAGAAGCGUUUGGUUAUCUAUGUCCGGAAUACGAUGGGUUGGAUUCGAUUUCAUGCCAUGUCGUAAGUUCUCUAGGGAAUGGCCAGGAUUAUGUCUCAUCGUACCACAAUCUGUUUCCAUGGGAAGGUCAAUAUCACAUUUGCAACACAGUCGAUUAUUGUAUUAUGAAGCUUCAACUUCCCACAUCACGUCUAAAAUGGCUAAUCUUUGAUAGAGGAUGUUUUGUUUCAUGUUUCUUAAGUCCAUUUUCACUACCCUUCCAAGGUCCUGUAUGCCGUUCCCUGGAUAUCUAUUGUUCGAACGAUGGGUUG